AUCAACCAGAGAGAAUUGGUGUUGCCCAAAUCUGAAAGCGAAAGCCCAGAGAGGCCCAUUAUCUGAAAGUGAAGGCCCGUUAAAGGUUGAUGAGGUCAUGAGAAGCGUCCACGGAAGCAUAGACGGAGACGAAAACAUGAACAUGAAAAAGUUGGGAUUCAUAUUCUGAAGAAACUUUGGGGCAGUAACGAACUGAAGCCGUCAUCAGCGUUGGCUCGCCUCCGUGUUCUGCCGCUGGAUGAAGAUGUCAUUCAUUCGACCUCUCUUGACAAGGCGAGGAUUCAGCACAAGCUCUGAGAAUCUUGUUGCUUCUGUGCUCUUUGAGAGACUGCCAGUGGUCAUUCCCAAAAUUGACCCUGUAGUUUAUGCAUUUCAAGAAUUCUCGUUUCGAUGGCGACAACAAUAUCAACGCAGAUAUCCUGAUGAAUUUCUGGACAAAUCUGAUGCAAGGGGGAAAGGUGAUUAUCAGAUUGACUAUGUCCCUGCACCACGAGUCACUGAGGCUGACAAAAACAAUGAUCGAAGGUCAUUACAAAGAGCUCUCGACAAAAGACUCUACCUUCUUGUCUACGGUAAUGCAUAUGGGACUCCAAGUGGGAAGCGUGUGUGGCAUUUUCCUGAAAAAGUUUAUGAAUCUGAGGACACCAUGCGCAAGUGUGCGGAGUCUGCAUUGAAAUCAGUCAUAGGAGAUCUUUCUAAUACAUAUUUUGUUGGAAAUGCUCCAAUGGGCCAUAUGGUUGUUCAGCCUACAGAAGACCAGUCUGGAUCCACAUCUUAUAAGAAAUUCUUCUUCAAGUCGCAAGUAAUUGCUAAAAACAAGUUCAACAUUGGAAAAUGUGAGGAUUUUGUCUGGGUGACAAAGGAUGAAUUGAUGGAGUAUUUCCACGAGCAAGCUGAGUUUUUUAAUAAGAUGAUCAUUAGCUGAUGACAACGGAGGGCAGUUGUUUUGUUGAAAUUAUUGCAAAUUAGCUCAGAAAGACAGUGAAGGACCUUGAAAGAUGAAGCUAGCAUAGUGCUUCUGGGCACAAAUCGAUUUUAAAUUUGCCCAUUUUUUUCACAAGUAUCGUCUUUCCAGUUUACCAACUAGUCUUGUUAUAGAGUUCAAAAUAACAUCUUGGUUUAGUUAAUCAAGAAGAUAAAGUUUGGUUAAAAGUUACACAAUCCCUGGAAAUAUGGGAUAUGUUCAGUCAUGUAAGAAUUCAGUUUCAUUGCUCGUAACAGAUUGUAUCGCAAUUUUGGUCCUAAAGAAAAUGUCACAUGCUCAUCCAAACUUUUAAACCCCCAUUUUUUUCUUUGGGAUUAAUGUGGGAGAAUAAUUAAAUAUGCUUAAUAUCCAA